AUGCUUGGACGGGCACUUGGAUCUCAUCAUAUCAUGGAUGUCAUUCGUGAAGAAUUUCUACAGCGGUUGCUAGAGGAGCCCGAAAAAAAUGUGCAGACAUCUGUCUUGAACGAAAUGAUUGGUGUAGAUAUCAGCGAAGAACGGAUUCAAUUAGCACGUAGUAUGAAUCUAAUCGAUGACGGAUUAGUAAGCAAUUCGAAAACACUCGAAAAAAUUCAUCAAUUGACUGAUGGGAAUGGCUGUG